AUGGCCGCGGCGCGGAAGCGGGAGCGGGAAGCCUUGCGCUUCGUCUACCUGCCCCGCUUCGGCCCGCUCCCGGGCGGCGGCGUCCUGCCGCGGGGCGCGCGCCGGGCCGCGGAGCCGCGAGGGGCGGCGCUGCCCCCCGGCGCCGGGCCCGCGGCCGCGGCCUCCUCGGCGGGAAGGGCGCGUGCAGGUUUAUCCCAGAAGAUGUUAACCAAAAAGUUUGAGUUUCCCAUACGUUCCAAUGAAACUUCCAAAGCAAUGAAGAAAAAGAAAGAGGUUUCAGUGUGGAAAAAAGUACACAAAGUCAUUUCUAGAAUGCUCGAAGAAAACGAACAAUAUAGACUCAGGCUGAAAUGCCAAGGAUUAUCAAGCGAAAACUCAGAUCACACAAGAUGA